CGCACUGCCGCCAGUUUGCGUCGAUACGUCAAGAAAAUGUCAAAACGAAAACUCAACGAACACAAUUUCAUUCAAACCAAAAGGCGCCUCGCCAGGCCCGACGCCAAAAAGCACUCCCUCGACUCCGACGAGGAGGACGACCACGAUGACGCCGACAACGAGCUCAACGCCGACGACAUCGAGGGCGAGGAAGAGGGAAUUUCGCGGCAAGUCGAGGGGGUCCGCAUGACCGCGUUCAACAUGCGCGAGGAAAUGGAAGAGGGCCACUUCGACAAAGACGGCCACUUCAUCUGGAAGAACGAGAAGGAAAUCCGGGACAACUGGCUGGACAACGUCGACUGGCACAACAUCCAGAACGAGGACAAGUACCAGUUGGACCCCGACGACAAGGGCUUGGGGGACGAGAGCGACUCGGACUCCAACGACGAGUUCGACGAGCUGGGGCUGUACAAGAAGAUGCUCAAGUUCAUGAAGCCGAAGGAGACGGUGAAUAAGACGAUACGCAGGUUAGGGGGGGACAACACGAAGCUGUCGAGUGUGGAGCGGCUGAGGCGGAAGAAAGCGGGGACGUUGAACGAGAGUCAGGAUGUGGUGGACAUGACGGAGUUUGCCAACACGAUUUUGACGAAAACGGGGAACAUGAAUGUGUAUCAAGAGACUUUUGAGGAGAUUUCGAGGAAGGUGGAGGAUAAGGGGAAGCCGAAGAGUGAGCCGGUGUUGGAUAUGUAUGCUGAUGAUUUUGAGAGUAAGGAGAAAGAGAAAAUUGAGGCGUCUUCCGUGACUAAGACAGGUAAAGAGACUGACUUGAUGUGGGAGUUCAAAUGGGAACAAGAUAAAGACGAAAUUCAGGGUCCUUUUGGUACCAGUCAGAUGAUAAAGUGGGCGAAUGAGGGGUAUUUUAAAACGGGAGUGUGGGUGCGGAAAUGCGGCGAAGAGUCGAAUUUUUAUACUUCAAAUAGGAUAGAUUUUGAGUUAUAUCUUUAAGCACUUUCAUUGUUAUAAAAGUUUUAUUAUAUCAAUAUAGAUAAAAAUUAA